UCCCAGGGCGUCGGAGCGGAAGCGGCGGCGGUGGCUCCUGUGAGCAGAGAGGGUUGGCUGGUUCCCAUCCUAACGUUCUCUUGGCGAAGCGGCAUCUGCGAGGCAGGGGUGUCCACCAUGUUCUCCUUCAACAUGUUCGACCACCCAAUUCCCCGGGUCUUCCAGAACCGCUUCUCCACGCAGUACCGCUGCUUCUCCGUGUCCAUGCUCGCAGGGCCUAAUGACAGGUCAGAUGUGGAGAAAGGAGGGAAGAUAAUUAUGCCGCCCUCAGCCCUCGAUCAACUCAGCCGACUCAACAUUACGUACCCCAUGCUGUUCAAACUGACCAACAAGAACUCGGACCGCAUGACGCACUGCGGUGUGCUGGAGUUUGUGGCCGAUGAGGGCAUCUGCUACCUCCCACACUGGGUGAGUGGGGCCGCGCCGGUCUUGGAGAGUCUGUGGGCCUGUCUCAGGUUUGGGGCCCCAUAGAAGGGCAGCCCUCAG